GAUUCUCCCACUGUAUCCUGACAGGGGGGAGGGCGUAGCUAUAUAUUAUCCUGCCUGUCUGGGUAUGUUCUCUCUCUCUUCAUCUUCCUCUCUCCACCAUGUAAGAAAUAUGAGAACAUCUGCAGUCUGAGCUCCAAGCUCAGACUCCAUUUUUAAGCUAGACUUAAGUAUGUCUUUGUAACAAGGAUCAUUUUAAGCCUGCCUGAAUAAAGCUGCUAUAGAUCUGUUACUCUUCAACAAGUAUUCUAAGAUGCAAACCGCAAGGAUGAAGCAGAAGCCGAGACCCUCCUGCCUGACUCUCAAGCUCCGGGAAGUGGCCUCCAUGUAUUUCACAGGGGUGGCCAUCUUCCUGGUCAUCUUGGUGGUUGCUCUGCAAGGCACAGAUCCGAGGGAGAGUGGCUUCCUCUACAGGGUGUCCCUGGACCCUCAAGGCCUCCUGGAGCUCUCAUGGAACAUCAGCUACCCACUGCAGGAGGUGUAUUUCCAGAUCCUGGUCAAGGAGCUCAAAUAUGGGAUCCUUUUCGGCAUGUCCGACCGAGGAGGCUUUCAGAACGCUGAUCUGGCUGUCCUCUGGAGUGAUGGACGCCAGUCCUACUUCGCAGAUGCCUGGAGCGAUCAGGAUGAGCGACUCCACAUGGAUCCUCAGCAGAACUACAGACUUAUCAGUGCUCAUCAAACAGCUGAGGGCCUCUCCCUGCUCUUUAAAAGGGCUUUCAGCACAUGUGACCCCAAGGACUAUCUCAUUGAGGAUGGCACUGUACAUCUUAUCUAUGGGAUCCUGGAGAAACCGGUCCCCUCCCUCCAAGCCAUCAAUGUCUCGGCCCUCCUCUGGAAAGGCCUGCAACGUGUCCAGCUACUGAAGCCCAUCAUCAGGAUCCCACCCCUGCCUGGUGACCUGAAGACCAUGGAAAUAAGAGCUGUUGACGUGGAGAUCCCCAGCCAGGAGACAACUUACUGGUGCUUCAUCCAGGAGCUCCCAGAGGACUUCCCAAAGCAUCACAUCGUCAUGUAUGAACCGGUCAUCACAGAGGGGAAUGAAGCUAUUGUCCACCACAUGGAGGUCUUCCAGUGCGCUGCCAAUUUCAACACUUUCCCACACUACAAUGGGCCCUGCGACUCCAAGAUGAAGCCAGAACGCCUGAACUACUGCCGGCACGUGCUUGCCGCCUGGGCGAUGGGUGCACAGGCUUUUUACUACCCAGAGGAUGCAGGGCUUGCAUUUGGGGGCCCUGGUUCUUCCAAGUUUAUGCGGCUGGAAAUCCAUUACCACAAUCCUCUGGAACUCAAAGGUCGCCGUGAUUCCUCAGGGAUCCGCUUGUAUUACACAGCCUCUCUCCGGCCUUACAAUGCAGGGAUCAUGGAGCUGGGCUUGGUCUACACACCGGUGAUGGCCAUUCCGCCAGGCGAAACACACUUCCACCUGACCGGCUACUGCACUGAUAAAUGCACUCAGCUGGCACUGCCACCUUCUGGGAUCCACAUCUUUGCUUCCCAACUUCACACCCACCUGACAGGGAGGAGCGUGGAGACAGUGUUGUCGAGAGAAGGGAGAGAAGAGGAAAUUGUCAACAUCGACAAGCACUACAGCCCUCACUUCCAGGAGAUCCGUAUGUUAAAGAAAAUUGUGACUGUUUUCCCGGGUGAUGUUCUCAGAACCACCUGCAUGUACAACACUGAAGACAGGACUAAGGCAACUGUGGGUGGUUUUGGCAUUAUGGAAGAGAUGUGUGUGAACUACAUCCACUACUACCCCCAGACGGAGCUGGAGCUGUGUAAGAGCGCCAUAGAUUUGGGCUACCUCCAUCGCUAUUUUAAUCUAGUAAACAGAUUUAACGAUGAGGAUGUCUGCACAUGCCCAGAGACCUCUGUCACAGAGCAAUUUGCUUCUGUCCCUUGGAAUUCUUUCAACAGAGAUGUCCUGAAGUCCCUAUAUGACUUUGCCCCGAUUUCUAUGCAUUGUAAUAAAUCCUCAGCAGUGCUUUUCCCGGGUGAAUGGGAGAGGCAACCUGUACCGAAGAUCACAGAGAUACUACAGGAACCAGAGUCAAACUGCGAGCCCAACUUAGUCCGCCCCACAGUGUCCCCCACUCUAGUUAAACUCAACAAGGUGCCUUUAAAGUGAGAGCUGGACCUAACUUAGGCCUCAUCCACACCUUACAUUUAAAGCACUAUGAUACCACUUUAAACUUCCCCCAAAUAUUAUUUCCCUCCAAUAAUUCAUUAAGGGUACAGAGAACUGUUAGGAGAAUGGGGAUGGGGGUCUGUGUCUCCUAACAGGGCUACAAUUCUCAGAGUGGUUUAACAAUCAAUCCCUCUUCACAGCGAACUCUGGGAACUGUAACUCUAACAGCUUUCAACACCCUGAACAAGCUACAGUUCCCAAGAUUCUUUGGGGGGGGGGCAGAAAUGUUAAGCUGUGAUAAUACUGCUUGGAAUGUAUAGCGCAGGUUGGGCUUUGAAGCAGACAGCUGCAGUCCUCAUAAAGGGAUAAUGGGCAAAGGAGAAUCUCUUUACCACCCCAGGAGGCAGACCUAGAGCCAGGGUUUUUUGAGGUGUGUGGGGGGGUUGAGUGAAGCUCUGUUCAGAAGUUAGAACAAGGCUACAGAGAGCAGUAUGCUUGGAUUUCAAUCAGAGCAGCUCCGCGGGUGAGCGAUGGGACUUUUUCUCAAACAAAAAUGAGCCUCACAGAUGUAUCUUCAUAGAUGGCCCUAUUCUGAGGCACAUAACAAGGCCUGACUCCCCUUUGGCUCUGCCUAUAAACCAGAUCCCACCAGGUGUUCCUCUGACCCACCCCAAGUUCUGCUCCAAAGCUCAAAAGAGGAAAUCUUUUAAAAUAAUAAUCAAAUUGAGUGGGAGUGUCAAAACAUAGAAAAUGAGCCUAAUGCCCUCUGUGUUGAGGAAUGAUUGGUCUGUGGACCUGAGCUGAUGUGAUGGAGGAACACGGACCAUCUGUGUGUGUUUUUCACCCACAAACCCGUUAAUAGUUACAACUCAACCUGCAACAUUUAUAAAUAAACGUAAUUGCAAAUAUCA